AUGUGGUUCCAGGUGAUUGUGGGGGGGGGUCCUCCAGAUCAGGUAAACCCUUUUGGUCCCCCCCCGAAUCGAGUGGGUAAAACUCGUCGGAAGUUCCAGACUCUCCCAGGUCUUGUGCUUCUGAUCAGAAGUCCAGGAGUUUUUGGCGGGUCGGGGGCUUCAAAUAAGAACCCCCAGAAGGAUUUUUUUAGCGGGGUUUUUUUUCCUGGAGUUUGCGACCUGCGCGAGCUCCUGGGACCUGGAAAACCUACCUUGAAACCCCCUACUCAUCAGACCGGCACUCUUCCUGGGAUCUCGGAGACGGGUGAUCAACCUGGGUCGGCCACACCCGCCAAGCUUCCAUCAUGUAGCCCUGCGGACAGGGCGGGGAUUCAAGCGGUCGUUUCACGAGGGCCAAACCCCACCAUCGCCACUCACGUAAGAUAUUGUGUCUACGCUAACGUUCAAAAGGAACACAACCCAGACCUUUUUGUCUAUAAGUGCCUCACAAACAGAGGGCCACUUCCCCCAAUCAAUCUGGACUAUACCGGCUUGUCACUGUCAACGAUGAAGGUGCUCGUAUUCGAUCAUCUCCGCAACAAAAGCCCCUCCAAGUAUCCAAUUGACAUGGCUGCUAUUCAAGCCAAGCGGGGGUUAGUACUCAAAUGGUAUUACUCUGUAGUUGAGCCGAAAGAUGUGGCCAAUGAGGCCACUGCCAGUCCAAACUCCAUUUGGACUUACCACAAUUUUGUACCAGCAGCUGUGACCUUGUCGCCCAAUGCUAAAGUCACGAUGUACCUCAAUGUCCCGGAGGACACUAUUCAAUUCCGACCUUGUGCUAUAGUGACCUUGGUGGUCAAGGAUUCUUUGCCUGAAACCCUUUAUGGCGUGGUUGUAACUGAUGAGCCGGCGGGUUGUGGUCAAGAUGAGGGGAGGUUAAUUGUACCCAAGCGUCACCUUGCACAAGACAACCUUCCGACUCCAAAGCGGCCGAACGUUCAUUUUUCGCAAUCCGGCCUGCCUUCUGGAAACCCAACAUUUCUAACGAUGAACAAGUUUCUUGCCUUGUGUGAGAUUCCUUUGACGUACCAACCUGUGCAAGAUAUCAUUGCCAAGCAUGAUAUCUUCAACUGGUCAUCUUUUCAAGGUGUCUCCUCUGAUGACUUGCAGAACCUAGGAUUGAAGUGGGGCACAGCCCAGGCCAUCUUGGUUGGGGUAAAGAAGGCCUCAUUGCUUUCUGAACCUCAAUUGUAG